CGAGAGGAUCGGCUUGCUAGCAGCUAGCACGCGGUGCGGACCGCAGAAUCACUAGACUAAAAAAUGCCAAGCUGGGGUUUGGGCUCCAGAGUGCUCCAUCGUGAAUCCUCAGAAAAACCUGCUGGCCGCCCAUGGUAUAAACUGGAGCAUCGAUACGGUACUAAGCCCCAUAGUUGAUAUAGCCAAACAAGUGUAGUAGUACAGCCUCCAAGCCGGUACUCGAGGCACGGCGCCAUCAAACAGAAACCUCCAGGAUAUCGGCGUGGUGGCAGUCGCCUGGAAAAGUCGACGGCACGGUGCCAUGCUGGGUGGGGGCGCGCAGCCAAAGCAGCAACAAAGUCGAGCGGGCGCCUGGGGCGGGGGGCGUGACAGCAAAGUCCGCCUACCCUCCUCUACUUUCCUGGCGAGUCGUGCACUCGCAUCCUGGGGCCAGGGCGAUGCGUGUCGGGGGCCCGUGAUCGAACUGGGGCGGACAGAGGAGGGAGUCCCUUUUAAUACCCAGAUGGCUUCGCUGAUGCCGUCCUCCAAACCAUGAGGCUCUCUCGUGUUGGUGCGCCAUCGCCAUCGCCAUCGCCAUCACCACCAAAGGCCUCGCAGCAGGCCAAGGGAUUCAGCCAGCCAGACUAUCCCCGAUAUUGGCCAGCCGACGAGAGAAAACGAACGAGCCACCCGACCGACGAUCGAAGCCGGAGGAGCACCGGCCAACACACAUCAUGUUCCUGUCCCCGAUACUCGUGGCCGCCGGCCCCAACGGGCCAGCCAUGAUGCCGCCGCCGGGCGUGACGCCGCAGUUCAACGGCCCCAAGAACGAAAACCCGCUGGCGUGGGGGGUUAUGAUCACCUGCACCAUCAUCACGGCCAUCUGCGUAUUCCUGCGCUUGUAUGUGCGGACGUGGUGGGAGAGGAGGCUGCACAAGGAGGAAGUCUUGACCCUUCUGUCGUUUGCCGCCUUUCUCGGCACGGCGUACUCGGGCUACUCCUUCACAUGGUCGCCGGGGUACUACGUGCACCAGUGGGAUCUCCGGAUCCGCGACCUGCCCGAGGCGUACAGCCUCAUCCUGCUCUACGCCAGCUUCUACUCCGUGUCGUUGCCGCUCGUCAAAACAGCCAUCCUGCUCGACUGGUCGCGAGUGCUGGUAGUGUCUGAGCGCCGACGCAACCCCUUCUGGUGGGCCUGUAUCGUGCUGAGCGCGAUCCAGUGUAUCUGGGGCACCAUCUGCACCAUCUUGAUCAACCUCAACUGCAGCUCCGGGUCCAACACGCCCAAGUGCUUUGACCUCUCAGAGCUCAUGUUGAUCUCGUCCAUCGUGCAGGUCGUCACCUCUUUCGCCAUGGUGGUGCUGCCGCAGCGCAUCAUCUGGAACCUGCGUCUGACUUGGCGCAAGAAGCUGGGCGUUUCCGUCAUCUUUGGGGUUGGCAUGAUUGCUUGCGGUGCUGCUUGCUUCCGCCUGAUCGAGACCGUACGCUACACGCGCGAGGAGGACCACACCUACUACAUCAGCCCGCUCUUCUUCUGGACCUGGGGCGAGCUGACGGCAGGGUUCUUCGUGCUGUGCGUUCCCAGCGUGGCCAAGAUGGCGGCCGAGACGCAGCUGCCCGGCCGGAUCCGGCGCUCGCUCGGAAGGUCCCGCAACGGCAACAAGCAGAGCGACGCCGAGGCUGGGACGGGAGAGGAAAAGGGCAACGGCACGGUGCUCGUGACCAUCGGGGGCGGAUCGGAGACCAGCAAGAACAGGCUGUCGCGGCUGGUGACCGAGUCAACACAGCAGCUGCGCGGGGGCAAGGAGACCGCCGUGAGUGGCGGCCCCGAGGGCGACAGCAACGGCACCAGAUACAGUCGUGACAGGGGCAGCCGUGAGGGGGCCAGCCGUGACGGGGGCAGCACCAGGAGCGACGCGAGAGGGAGCGGCGGCAUCGUCGUCACCCGCGAGACCAAGGUCACGGUCGAGCCAGAUCCCAUCAAGGAAGGGGGGUGGAAGGGCAGGUGUGAUGUGACGACAAAACGGCCGUGGGAGAAUGUGCCCAAGAGAGAAAGGAGUUGAGGGGCAGCGGACAAUGACGCAACGAAUGUACGCACACGACGUCGGGAAAUGGAGAUAGUGAAAUGUAUCAGAUACCCCCUUGACGCUCGUCAAGGAAGCACAGCAGACAUGAAUCCCCAAGGCCAUGUUGGUGUUUCCGAGUAUCGAUUAACCCGUCAUCGGACCUGUCAUCGAAUCGAGGGGAUAGCUGAGCCAAGGUGAGCGAAACCUCAGACAGACAAGGUGGG